AUGCGUGUCAGUCUGCGAUUCACCAUUUUUGCCGUCACGGCAAUGAUCUUAAUCCCAGUAUUUAUAUUUAUAUAUGCGGUUGAAGCACACACGUCGGCGAAUGUGAUACUACAAGAACAAGAACGAUCUUACGGAGUGAUAUGUGAUGCAGGUUCAACUGGUACACGGUUAUUCGUUUACAACUGGGUUAGCACAUCAGACACCGAGCUCAUUCAAAUUGAACCUGUCGUUUUUGAGAAUAAACCAGUCAUGAAGAAGAUCAGCCCAGGGCUGAGUACAUUUGGAACAAAACCUGAUCAAGCAGCUGAAUAUCUAAGGCCGCUGAUGGAACUCGCCGAAUUACACAUUCCAGAAGAAAAACGACCGUACACUCCUGUUUUCAUUUUUGCUACGGCAGGAAUGCGAUUAAUCCCGGAUGAACAAAAAGAAGCAGUUCUCACAAAUCUCAGAACAGAGCUUCCGAAGAUCACAUCAAUGCAAGUACUGAAAGAACAUAUCAGGAUAAUUGAAGGGAAAUGGGAAGGAAUUUACAGUUGGAUAGCUGUCAACUAUGCUCUUGGAAAAUUCAACAGAACCACCCAGCCAGACUUCCCCGGUACAUCUCCAGGACAAGCGAGACAGAAAACAGUUGGAAUGAUUGACAUGGGUGGUGCUAGUGCACAAAUUGCUUAUGAACUUCCGGACAAUGAUGAUUUCAACAGUAUCAAUGUAGAGAACAUCAACCUAGGCUGCCGAGAAGACGACUCGUUAUUCAAGUACAAGCUCUUUGUGACAACAUUCUUGGGAUAUGGUGUUAAUGAAGGUAUCCGAAAAUAUGAGCACAAAUUGAUGGAAAAGUUGAAAGAUCUGAAUGGAACAGUCAUCCAAGACAACUGCAUGCCACUCAACCUUCACAAAACCGUCACUAUGGAUAAUGGAAACAAUUUUGUUCGGAGAGGAACUGGCAACUGGAACUCUUGUGCUGAUGAAGUACGUCAGUUAUUGACUCCAGAAACAUCAUCAGAAGUUUGUAAAGCUAUCGUUGCCAAAUGCUACUUCGGAGCUGUCCCAGCACCAAACAUUCCUCUUUCCAACGUAGAAAUGUAUGGAUUCUCGGAAUACUGGUACUCAACACAUGAUGUUCUUGGACUAGGAGGACAGUAUGAUGCGGAAAACAUUGCUAAGAAGUCUCAGCAAUAUUGUGGGCAGAGAUGGUCGACUAUCCAGGCUGCUUCGAAAAAAGAUCUGUACCCAAGAGCGGACGAGGAACGGUUAAAAACGCAAUGCUUCAAAUCAGCAUGGAUCACUUCAGUUCUUCAUGAUGGAUUCUCGGUGGAUAAAACGCAUAACAAAUUCCAGAGCGUGUCUACAAUAUCCGGACAAGAAGUUCAGUGGGCUCUCGGAGCAAUGAUCUAUCAUAUGCGUUUCUUCCCGCUACGCGACUCUUCACGUAAUCUGAUUGUGAAAGAAACUCAUUCCACCUCGGAGAGUUUAUGGGCACCUCUUUUCUUCCUUACUGCUGUAUUCUGUCUUUUUGUCUUGGUUUGCGCCAAAGAGCACUCAUUACUCUGCUUUGAUGAUAAACGAAGGGCAUCGUUCGGGUUGACACGGAGUCAGUAUUCGUAUAAAAUGCUCAAGGAAAACCGAACAUCAUCAUCGUCGUUCCUUGAGAACUUUGCCUAG